GUGACUUGACCAUCGAGAAUGGUGCUAACGGUUUGUUCGGGGCGCGUCCUCCUUGAUAAAUGUGUAAUACAUGAAGAUAAAUAACAAUCCUGACCGUGUUAUUCGCUUGUAUGAAUAAACUGGACGUGCUCAGUAAAAAUUACACGGACGGCAACAUGUUUGCGACGGUGAAAGAGAAGAUAGGAGCGGACACCGCGCGUGUUGACAAUAAUGGAGGCCGCGGUGAAAGCAGCUGAGGUGCUAGCAACCCCCCAGCCCGGCGUUGAAGACGCGUGCCCAGAGGAAGGCUCCUCGCCUCAGGCGGCGUCCAUACCCACUGUCCAGGCUCUGCUGGACCCCAUGGAGGAUCUGAGCCGAAAACUGGAGGACAUUCUGAAGACCUAUGGUACCGCUGACACCGCUGUCAACCAACAGUCUAUGGACCCAGAAAAGAUGGAAGGGGAAACAGGAAGUGAUGUCCCUGUCACCAAGGAGACCGCCAAAGAUGACGCCCUGGUCAUACAGAGUUUGAACAAGCUGAAAUCGAAGGACGAGAAGCUGGACACUCUAAUCCAGAAGUACGCUGAGCUGGCGGACGUGCGGCGCUCUGACGAGCGGAAGGUGGGCGUGCUGCAGCAGAAGGUGACCCGCAUGCAGCGGGAGCGGGACCAGCUGCGCUCGGAGCACCAGCGGGGGGUCCUCGCCCGCAGCCAGCUGGAGGGCCUCUGUCGGGAGCUCCAGAAACACAACAAGACCCUCAAGGAGGAGACUCUGAGGCGUUGCCGGGAGGACGAGGAGAAGAGGAAGGAGGUGAGCAGCCACUUCCAGAGCACGCUGAACGACAUCCAGGUGCAGAUCGAGCAGUACAGCGGGCGCAACAACAAGCUGUGCCAGGAGAACAAGAACCUGGCCGAAAAGCUGGAGAGCCUGAUGCACCAGUACGAGCAGAGGGAGGAGACUUUGGAGAAGGUGAACCACCACCGUGAGCUCCAGCAUAAGCUAGCGGAGGCUAAGCUAGAGCAGGCUAAUGCCCUGCUAGCCGAGGCAGAGGAUAAGCACCGCAGGGAGAAGGAAUAUUUGCUUAGGGAGGCUAUUGACAAAACAAAGAAAUGCUUCACUCUGAAGGAGCAGGAGCUGACCAUGAAGAAAAAGCUGACCCUGUACUCGCAGAAGUUUGAUGAGUUCCAGACCACUCUGUCCAAGAGCAACGACAUCUACGUCAGCUUCAAGACGGAGAUGGACAAGAUGACCAAGAAGAUGAAGAAGCUGGAGAAAGAGUCUGAUGUGUGGAAGGAGCGCUUCGAGAGCUGCAACAAGGCCCUCGCCGACAUGGUCACCGAGAGGGCGGAUAAGGGGAAGGAGUUCGAGCUGUUUGUCCUGAAGAUCAGCAAGCUGGAGACCCUGUGCCGGGCCCUGCAGGAGGAGAGGAAGGUCCUGUACGACAAGAUCAAGGACGUCCGCUCGGCCAACGCCGGCCUGCCCGCCCUGCUGUACGCCGACGCCACCCCCACCCUCGGCAGCGACACCACCCUCGGCAGCAACACCACCCCCGCCCCCACCCAGCCCGCGGGGGAGGGCACCCCCCUCCCGCCUCUCCCCCGGGCGCCGGAGCGACCCGUCCUGUCGGAGCCCGACCUGGCGGAGCUCCAGAAGCUCCAGGACACGGACCCCGCCCUGACGGAGGACAUGGCCCGCCUGCGGGCGGAGCAGGCCCGGCUGCAGGAGUUCGCCGCCUCCCUGUUCACCCCCAUGUCGGACACCAGCGACGAGGAGGAGGAGGAGGAAGAGGAGGGCUCCAAGGAGGAGCAGCUGAUGGCCUCUGUGUUCGGCCCGACCACAACCAGCCUCCAGGAGAAGUCCGCCAAGAAGGGGGCGAAGGCCGUAGCGGGACCGGUCCCGGUGGAACCCGUCCCGGUGGAACCCGUCAAGGUGGAACCCGUCCCGGUGGAACCCGUCAAGGUGGAACCCGUCAAGGUGGAACCCGUCAAGGUGGAACCCGUCAAGGUGGAACCCGUCCCGGUGGAACCCGUCCCGGUGGAACCCGUCCCGGUGGAACCCGUCCUGCAGCAGUCCGUUGUGCCGGAGGACGUCCGGGUGGAGGUACCCGCGCCGGCGGUGGAACCGAUCCAGAAAGAACCGUCCAACGCGGCCCAACCGACCCACCAAUCAGAAGAAGUCGUGGUGAAAUCAGAGCCGGCCAAGGCGGACCCCGCCGCCCCCGCAGCCCCCAUCCCGACGGAGCCCACCCUGCCAGAAGCAGAAGCGGCGGCCCCGGCCGCCGAGGCCGUGGUCCCAGUGCACCAGGAAAAGGUUUCCGAUGUCCCCAAACCCCUCCCCACACCGGAGCCCACAGCGCACACAUCAGCUGACACGCCCCCUGAGGGCAAGGCCACACCCAAACAGGCGGCCCCCACUUCACCGCAGCAACCAAUCAGCAACGACUCCUCCAAGAAGCAGGCGUCCAAGAAGAAGAAGAAGAACGCUAAGAAAGCUAGCUAAGACCAAGGCUAGCUAGGACGUAGGCUGUGUGUAGGGGCGUGCUUGUGUGUGUGAUUGUGUGUGUGUGUGUGUGUGUGUUUGGGCCUGUGCGUAUGUGUAGGUGAAUGUGGGUUGGGGUUAAUUAGUAAUUCAGGGAAAGCCCUUGUGUGUGUUUCAAAUCCUAUACCUACUACCUAGUGCCUUGUGUAAUGGGUAAAGCAUGGUUUGUUCAACUGGUAACCGAAUAGAGCAGUCAGUCACUUUAGUAAAGGCUUUGAGGUGGAACCAAGGCUGACUACUAGACUGACUGUGGUGCACUGUCUCCGAAUGCAAACGCAAUCUCCCAGUUAGGUUGAAUUUAUGAACUUGUACUUUGCUGUAGCUCAAAGAAAGCACUGCGUGUUGAUUCUGGGACUCCAAAGAAAGAUGAAAGGGUUGGUGUCUCCUGUCUCUACCAAAAUACUGUGUCCCUCUUCCACUGGCCAACCACUGAGCUGUUUCUCCAAUAAACUAUGAAGUGAAA